UUCACUUCCAACACAGACAGUGACGACCUCGCCACAAUGAUCUUCAUCAUCGCAGCUUUAGUGUCCGUGGCCGCCGCCGCCCCAUCCACCCGUAUCGUGGGUGGUUCUGAGGCAGCACAGCACAGCCACCCGUACAUCGCCUCCCUCCAGCGGGCCACUCUGGGCAUUUUCUGGUCUCACAGCUGUGGAUGCAGUCUCAUUGCUCCGAGGUGGUGCCUCACCGCCGCUCACUGCGUGGACGGUGCCAGCGCCAGCUCCCUGAGGGUUCAACUGGGCGAACACAGUCUCAGCAGCACGGAGUCAGGAGAACAGAGGAUUGGGGUCACAAGAGUUGUCAUGCAUCCUGGCUACAACGGUAACGCAGCCGGCUACCCUAACGACAUCGCCUUGUUGGAACUGAACAGUGCUGCCUCAAUCACCAACACUGUCCAACUGAUCGAUGUCUCUCCCGAGGGCGCUUCGUAUGAUGGUGAAGACGUCAUCAUUUCCGGUUGGGGAAGAACUGUCGGAGGCGGGACUCUCCCAGACAGACUGCAAGAGGUGACUAUGCAGAAGAUCUCAAACGCUCAAUGCAGCAGCAUGUGGGCUUCCGUCAGCGGUGCCACCAUCAACGACCAACACAUCUGCAUCUACGACAGUAGUCAACAAGCUUCAGCUUGCAAUGGUGAUAGCGGUGGACCAAUGAUCAUCAGAAAUGGCCAGUCUGAUGUUCUGAUUGGCGUGACGUCAUGGGGAAUCAGCACGUGCGGAGGGGACUAUCCCAGCGUCUACACGCGUGUGUCAGAGUACAUUCCCUGGAUCAACAGCAAUGUCAACUAAAUUGUAAAAAGGAUCAAUAAAGUGAUCAGCUGGUG